CUCCUCCUCCCGCCGGCCUCCGCUUCCCAGAAUCCAAGAUGGCGGGAUCCAGGCAAUGGGGUUCCCUGGCCAGAGUUCAGCCUCUUUUCUGCGCCGUGCUGCUGUCGCUUAGUCGCUUCGCCGGGAGCGACGGCAUGGGAGGCGACCCUGCGGCCGCUGGUGCCGGGGGCACCGCAGCCGCGUCGCCACACCGCCGUUUCGAGUACAAAUACAGCUUCAAGGGACCGCACCUGGUGCAGAGCGACGGGACAGUGCCCUUCUGGGCCCACGCGGGGAAUGCUAUUCCAAGUUCAGAUCAAAUUCGAAUAGCACCAUCUUUAAAAAGCCAAAGAGGAUCGGUGUGGACAAAGACAAAAGCAGCCUUUGAGAACUGGGAAGUUGAGGUGACAUUUAGAGUGACUGGAAGAGGUCGAAUUGGAGCUGAUGGCCUGGCAGUUUGGUAUACAGAAAAUCAAGGCUUGGAGGGUCCUGUGUUUGGAUCAGCUGAUAUGUGGAAUGGUGUUGGAAUAUUUUUUGAUUCUUUCGACAAUGACGGAAAGAAAAAUAAUCCUGCUAUAGUAAUUAUAGGCAACAAUGGACAAAUCCAUUAUGACCAUCAAAACGAUGGUGUUAAUCAAGCUUUAGCAAGUUGCCAGAGAGACUUUCGUAAUAAACCCUAUCCUGUCCGCGCAAAGAUUACGUAUUACCAGAAAACACUGAUGGUAAUGAUCAAUAAUGGCUUCACACCAGAUAAAAAUGACUAUGAAUUUUGUGCCAGAGUGGACAAUAUGGUUAUCCCUCCUCAAGGGCAUUUUGGAAUAUCUGCUGCAACUGGAGGUCUUGCAGAUGACCAUGAUGUCCUUUCUUUUCUGACUUUCCAAUUGACUGAGCCUGGGAAAGAGCUGCCUACCCCAGAUAAAGAAAUUUCAGAAAAAGAAAAAGAAAAGUAUCAGGAAGAAUUUGAGCACUUUCAACAAGAAUUGGAUAAAAAAAAGGAGGAAUUCCAGAAGGGCCACCCUGACCUUCAGGGGCAACCUGCGGAUGAAAUAUUUGAGAGUGUAGGAGACCGCGAGCUGAGACAAAUCUUUGAAGGACAGAAUCGUAUCCAUCUUGAAAUCAAGCAGCUGAACCGCCAGUUAGAUAUGAUUCUUGAUGAACAGAGGAGAUACGUCUCUUCCUUGACAGAGGAGAUCGCUAAAAGAGGAUCAGGAGUCCCAGGGCAGCAGGGCCGGAUCACCCAACAAGAGCUGGAUACUGUUGUCAACACUCAGCACGAGAUCCUGAGACAAGUAAAUGAAAUGAAGAAUUCCGUGAGUGAAACUGUCAGGCUGGUCAGCGGCAUACAGCAUCCUGGAUCUGCAGGUGGAGUUUAUGAGUCAACCCAGCACUUCAACGACAUCAAAGAGCACCUUCACAUUGUGAAGCGGGACAUAGACAACUUAGUGCAGCGAAACAUGCCAUCAAAUGAAAGACCAAAAUGCCCAGAACUGCCACCAUUUCCAUCAUGUUUAUCGACGAUGCACUUCGUUAUAUUUGUAGUGGUACAAACGGUGUUAUUCAUUGGUUAUAUCAUGUAUAGGACUCAGCAAGAAGCAGCUGCCAAAAAAUUCUUUUGACCACCAUUUUCAUAUGUCUACAUCAUGUAUGUAUGUACAAAAUGUCUUUUUGAGGGAAUUUAAGUAUUUAAAUUGCUUCAUAGUCUAAAUUAUUAAAUUUUAUAUAAAAUGACUUUAAAUAUUGAUUUGCAGUAAGAAUAAACCUUAAAACAAAGACAAACACAUGUAAAUUUGUGCAUAGUACAUAAAUCUAUUUAAAUUUCAGUGAGUUUCUGGCCAGUAGAAUACAGCCACUGAACAGAAUAUUGAUAAAUAAGACGGUAAAUAAUAGAAAUGAGGGGCAACCCCAAGAUGUGCACGUUACCCCUAGGCCCAGUGUUGAACGUUUCUUUACUUAACAUCAGUACACGCGCCCUGCUGCCCCCGCGCUGAGCCCCCGUCCUGUUCAUUUCAUCACCAGAGUCUUGUCUAGAGGCCCCAGCAGUCCUUUUAUCCAAUACAAUUCCCUUUGAAAUCAAAGAAUAUUUUGUCUGAGAGCUUUAGGAUCUAGAUAAUAGGCUUCAGAAUGUUGAAGUAUCUUUCCCUCUGAUUAUCAAUGAUGCAUUUCACUUUUAAAGGAAAUUUUGGGGGAAAAUUAAUAGCUGCUCUUUGCCUGAAAAACCGUUGAGUUGAAAAUGUUCCUCUCAUAACGGUUUUUAUGCUUCUGCCUGGUAGUGUGCUCAGUUCAUGACGGCUCAUAUUCGUGAACGUCUCCAUGCCAAUGGUAUCAGUUCCAUAAUAUGAAAAUAAUUUUUGGAUUUAUGUUUGUAAUUUAAGGAACUUAUUUCUCCCAUUUUGUAUAGUAUGUAAAUUCAGCUCAGAUUGCAUGUCCUGAGGAGAUUUUAAGUUCACCAAAAAACCUACCACUGCAUUUUGGUUUACAUCACUCCAUACAAUCUGGUGUCGUUUAAAUCAAGGAGGCUGGAAUAGAAGCAGUGUUAAGACGUUUGAAGACAAAAUUUGAAAAAUAGAAUCAAUACUUCUGAUUUCUUUUUUUUCCUUCCUUCCUUCCUUCCUUUCUUUCUUUCUCUUCUUUUCUUUUCUUUCUUUCUUUCUUCUUCUUCUUCUUUUUUUUUUUUUUUUUUAUGCCAGAACUAAGGAUAUUGUGAAGCACUUGUUAGGAAGCUUAACCUUGAAAUGUCAGCCUGGAAGGGGUCGUGGUGGUCUUUGUCCGUAGUUGUCCUAGGUGUUACAGAAUCGGUCUGUAAAGGACACUUUGAGAUGCAGACUUGGCGGUGUUUUCACAGCUGGUGUAGACCUGUGUUUGCCGACUUCAAAACACUCUUUUACCUCUUUUAGCUAAGUACUUAUCUUUCAUCUGUCACAGAAUCCAAAAUAAGUUAUACUGUUUUAUAAAACAGUACCAUUCCAUUCUUCCAAAUCUUCAUAAAUAUGUUCUCAAAUGCCAUCUACAGAUUGGGCUGACUGCCUAAAAUCUAUACAAAGACCAUGAGGACCUCUGCAUUAUAGCAGUACCUCCUUCGUACUGUGUACACAAACAGUCCUAGCAUUGCUUUAUAAUUAUAUUAGCAUUUAUCCUGGAAUGCUGAGUAAGAAUAUUCUAAUAACAACGCACUCUACUUCAGUCACUUUAACAGAGAAAAUGAUUCUCUGGUGUUUCUCCUUUGUGGUAUUCACAUUUUGAAAUUCAUGUUCCAGAGCCGUCAUCACAGGAUUUGCUCUUAAUCUAUGGGGAAAAUAAAAAAAAAAAAAAAACCUUCAGAAGAAUAUUUAAGUUGUGGGCUGUGAAAGUUGGGAACUCCUCUUGAGAUAAAAGGCUGCAAAAUAUCCAGUGUUAUAAACUCCAUGGUCUUGUGUGCCUGAACGGACUAAAGGGACACCAGGCAUAUGUGUGCAGUGGACAUUGUUCAGGCGACAGUUGGAGAGGAAUUGUGCUGACCGUUACUAAUUCAAGUGGAGAGAGCUAUUACGAAAAUGUGUGAAUCUUUUUCUUUUUCACUUAGUAAUUUAAUUUACUUGAAAAUCACUCAGUAAAGCAGUUCGCGUAGGCUGUUCAUCAUUUUAUUUGAAAAUCGGUUUAUUUUCCUCAAAAUCAUUGACUUUAAGUAGCUCAUUUCUGAAGAAAAAUGUUUACUCUGUGGAAAAAUCAAUCACUGCCAGGAUUCUUUAAUUUCUGUACUAUUUUGUAUAAUUAAAUUUGUUACCUUCUCUCACACCAGCAAGUAUUUUACAGGUGCCUUGGAUUAAAACAAAAUUGAUUUUAAAAUUUUAGUGUAAGUCAUUGUUCCUGUGAUACCACUUUUAAAAAGAAAUCCAAUGACAUAACAGCUAAUACUUUUUUUUAAUGUACCUGUUUGUGUUCUAAUUGUUUGAAUGCUUUAUUCAGCUUGAAACUUUACUAAGAAGCCACGAACAAUAAACAAUGUUUUGUUGUGUAUUAAAGGGACAUCGGUGUUUCUCGAAGUGUGGUCCGUGGGUCAUGGUGUGCUUGUGAAGCGUACAGAUUCCAGGCCUCCAUUCCAAACCACCUGAAUCAAAAUUCAGGGGCGGGGCUUCAGAAUAUCACUUUUCAACAAGCACCUCAGGUGAUUCUGAGCACACUAGUGUCUGAGAACCACUAAGAUAGGGAGUGGGGAAAGAAAACUCUUUUGUUUGUUGGUUUAAAGCUGAGCUGAGAGCAUAAUAUACCAUUUUCAUUUUCGAUGACAUUAGCAAAUGUGCACUGAUUCAUUUAUUCUUACAAUGAAUGUUUUCCUUACUAAAACUCUUGGUUUGUUAACAACCACAGACUAAACCCAGAUUGUUGCCUGUAGCUCUUGGUACUUUGGUUGAUAGCUUUUAAACUUACAAAAUCAUCAGAUCAUGGUCAAGCCAUGAAAACUCCCACCUCAAAGUCUGCCUGCUAAAGCAUUUUGCUUUCCUGAUUGCAAUUUUUGUGACAUUUUAUCUCAGACAGUUGUACUUUUUUGAUAACUUAGGGAAAACAGAUUACUUGAAUAAGGGAUUGCCUGACCCUGUGCAUUGCAGAGAUACAAUCUUUGUAAAGAACUUAAAUAACAGUUGUGAAUAUUAAGAUGUGAUUAUCUUUUCCUGUCCAUGUGCUUAUUGCAGGGAAAUAGUGAAUAGACGAUUAUAUGGGGGAUUUUUUUAUUUAUAAGAUCUAAUGUAAAAUCACCACUUGCAAUUUUUUAGAUCUGUACGUUGCCUGUUUAAUAUAUUUCUUUUAAAGUUUAAAAGGAUUUUCUAUCCACUGUUAAUUUCAAUUGGAUAACAUUUUGUCAAGUGUUUUUUUCUGAUUGUUAUUUGAUGCUAGCUGGAAUUCAAGAAAUGACAUUGACCUUAACAAAUAAAGAAAUAUUUUAGUAAA